UUUUUUGCUUUGUUCAGGUGCAGCUUAUAAAUGAUGCCUACAACAUUGUGAUCGAUGCCAUGCUGGGCCUUGAGACAGACUCAUCCAAUAUUAAGGAGCCAUAUUCUGGGAUUUUGGUCACCCUGAAGCAGAUCAAGAUUCCAAUUGUCAGUGUGGAUGUGCCCUCAGGCUGGAAUGCAGAUGAACCAAGUCAGGAUGGGAUAAACCCAGAAGUUCUCAUCUCGCUUAUGGCACCAAAGAAGUGUGCCCAAAACUUCUCUGGAAAGCAUUUCUUGGCUGGACGCUUCCUGCCCUAUGACAUUCAGAAAAAGUAUGAGCUUAACAUCCCAGACUAUGCUGGCACGGACUGUCUCCUGGAACUGUAGCGCACAGAAACACCCGGCGGUGCAGCCAGUCUUCCACUGGUUGAAUUUUAUAGGUGGUUGCUGUAAUUUAAUGUAAACAUCUUGGUUGUCUAGAUUCCAAAUGCUCUUUAACCGAAUGUGUUGCUGAGCUACUGUAAAACGAUGAUUCUUAGACCCAUGGCUUUGAGUGGUGUGUUUAGGAAAUGGUAUGGAGCGUUUUUUUCUCAGUUGGCACGUGAAAGCUGUAGCACUACACUGUUUUCUAAACUCCAGAGUCAGCAAAGAAAAGAAAAAGUUUUCUAUCCUUACUGUCACUGCUUUUUUUUCUAAGUACCCAAGCUUUUUUUUUCUCAUGUACACCUUCCGUACCCCAUUUCCUGAGUGUGCUGCUAAAAUAAAGUGGUGUAUGUUGGCAUUUCAAAUAGAUACAUUUUUGUUUUUUUGAUUGUCAAUUAAUUUAGACACAUAUUACAAUCUUUGAGUUAAUGGAUCUGUUUUUCCAGAUAUUUCUUGUAGACCAAUAAUAAAAUCUGUCCAGUUUCAGGAAAUGUAAAAAUCA